AGCGGCCGGGCCCGGAGCGGGCGGGCGGGCAGGCGGGGCGCAGGCCGGCAGCGGCGAGGCGGCGGCGUCCGAGCCCCGGGCCGGGCCGGGAGCGCCGCGCGGGCCCCGCGCCGCCGCGCCAUGGCGGAGACCAAGAUCAUCUAUCACAUGGAUGAGGAGGAGACGCCGUACCUGGUCAAGCUGCCCGUGGCGCCCGAGCGCGUCACUCUGGCCGACUUCAAGAAUGUGCUCAGCAACCGGCCCGUGCACGCUUACAAAUUCUUCUUCAAGUCCAUGGACCAGGACUUCGGGGUGGUAAAGGAGGAGAUCUCUGAUGAUAACGCCAAGCUGCCCUGCUUCAACGGCCGCGUGGUCUCCUGGCUGGUCCUGGCUGAGGGCGCGCACUCGGACGCAGGGUCUCAGAGCACUGAUGGCCAUACAGACCUGCCCCCGCCUCUUGAGAGGACGGGCGGCAUUGGGGAUUCCCGGCCCCCUUCUUUCCACCCCAAUGUAGCCAGCAGCCGUGAUUGCAUGGACAACGACACUGGCACGGAGUCCAUGGUCAGCCACCGGCGGGAGAGAGCCCGACGCCGGAACCGUGAAGAGGCUCCCCUGCUGGCUUUCCCCGCAGCUGCCCGGACCAAUGGGCACCCGAGGGGGGACCGGCGGCGAGAGCUGGGGCUGCCCGCCGACAGCGCGUCCACCGUGCUGAGCAGUGAGCUUGAGUCCAGUAGUUUCAUCGACUCAGACGAGGAUGACAACACAAGCCGACUGAGCAGCUCCACGGAGCAGAGCACCUCCUCCCGGCUCAUCCGGAAGCACAAGCGCCGGCGGCGGAAGCAGCGCCUGCGGCAGACGGACCGUGCCUCUUCCUUUAGCAGCAUCACGGACUCUACUAUGUCCCUGAACAUCAUCACCGUCACGCUCAACAUGGAGAGGCACCACUUCCUGGGCAUCAGUAUCGUGGGGCAGAGCAACGACCGGGGAGACGGCGGCAUCUAUAUCGGCUCCAUCAUGAAGGGCGGGGCCGUGGCUGCCGACGGCCGCAUUGAGCCCGGGGACAUGCUGUUGCAGGUGAAUGACAUCAAUUUCGAGAGCAUGAGCAACGAUGACGCUGUGCGGGUGCUGCGGGAGAUCGUGUCCCAGACGGGGCCCAUCAGCCUCACGGUGGCCAAGUGCUGGGACCCAACCCCCCGGAGCUACUUCACCAUCCCGAGGGCUGACCCGGUUCGGCCCAUCGACCCUGCCGCCUGGCUGUCCCACACGGCGGCGCUGACCGGAGCCCUGCCCCGCUACGGUACGAGCCCCUGCUCCAGCGCCGUCACGCGCACCAGCUCCUCCUCACUAACCAGCUCUGUGCCCGGCGCUCCGCAGCUGGAGGAGGCGCCGCUGACGGUGAAGAGUGACAUGGGUGCCGUGGUGCGUGUCAUGAAGCUGCCGGACUCGGGCCUGGAGAUCCGAGACCGCAUGUGGCUCAAGAUCACCAUCGCCAAUGCCGUCAUCGGGGCGGACGUGGUGGACUGGCUGUACACGCACGUGGAGGGCUUCAAGGAACGGCGCGAGGCCCGCAAGUACGCCAGCAGCAUGCUGAAGCGUGGCUUCCUGCGGCACACGGUGAACAAGAUCACCUUCUCUGAGCAGUGCUACUACGUCUUCGGGGACCUGUGCAGCAAUCUCGCAGCCCUGAACCUCAACAGUGGUUCCAGUGGGGCCUCGGAUCAGGACACGCUGGCCCCGCUGCCCCAUCCGGCCGCCCCCUGGCCCCUGGGUCAGGGCUACCCCUACCAGUACCCGGGCCCCCCGCCCUGCUUCCCACCCGCAUACCAGGACCCUGGCUUCAGCUACGGCAGCGGCAGUGCUGGGAGUCAGCAGAGUGAAGGAAGCAAAAGCAGUGGGUCCACCCGGAGCGCCGGCGGCAGCAGCCGGCGGGCACUGGGCCGCGAGAAGGAGCGCCGGGCGGCUGGAGCCGGAGGCAGUGGCAGCGAGUCAGACCAUGCAGCACCGAGUGGGGUCGCUGGCAGCGGCUGGAGGGAGCGUCCGGCUAGUCAGCUCAGCCGGGGCAGCAGCCCACACAGUCAGGCCUCGGCUGCCGCCCCGGGGCUCCCCCCACUGUACCCCCUGACAAAGGCAUACUCGGCGGUGGGGGGGCCGCCUGGGGGGCCGCCCGUCCGGGAGCUGGCUGCUGUUCCUCCAGAGCUGACGGGCAGCCGCCAGUCCUUCCAGAAGGCCAUGGGAAACCCCUGUGAAUUUUUUGUUGACAUCAUGUGACCGAGGAGAGAGUGCCUUCAGCUGGGCCCCACGGUAGGGGAGCUGGUGGUCCUGGCCGUUCCUGCACGGGCACUGCCCCUGGAGCUUGUGUGGGCUUGCCUUAUUGGUGGCUGUCCUGCCUCAAGCCAGCCUGUGCUCUGGGGCACACAAGGGGCCAUGUCUUGGGGCCCAGGCCUGGACAGAGAGUGGGAGCAGGCUGGGGGGAUGGGCGGAGGGCAGCCCAGACCACCACGAUCUGGACUCGGUGGCCUGCACGUUGCUGUUCAGAGCGCCUUGUGUCCACGCAGACCCUGGUGAGGGUCCUCCACCUCCCGGUGCCCUUGGAGUGCCUCUGGGACUCCCACUUGCCCACAGAGCCAUGCACAGGGCUUCAGACUAAGCUGAGAAGUAGCUGCUGGCCCUGGGCCCCCUGUUUGCCCGGGACACAGGCCCCACCACUCUCUCCUGGGCUGGGUCGGACCCCUCAAAGGUGGAAUCAGAGCCCCCAGGCUCUUCUGUGGAUGCCCAGGAUAGGGAUCUAAUUUAUUUAUUUAUUGUCUGGCCUGUGUGCCCUGGGGAAGGUGGUGGCCAGGUCAGCUGCCCCCCUGCCCCCGGGACUCAGACUGAAUGCAGGGACACAGGUUGUGUCUGAAAGUGGGAGGGUUGGUGAGGGAGAGACAGGAGAGGCAUGUGUUUGAGCUAGCAGUGGUGGGGAUGUGACCCUGAGGGGCAGAGGGCACAGAUGCACGCAGCUGCUGCAGGGGCAGGGUCUGGGGGAGAGGGGGUAGGCAGCCCACCCUUCCUUGCUGUCCUCAGGUGACUGCCCACCCACUCACGCCGCUUCCUUCCUGGCGUUUCUGGCCUGCACACAUCUGCGCUGUAGAUACCGUAUCAAGUCAGAGUGUCCGUCCAGAUAGUUAAUAGAGCUGCUUCUGUGUAAAUGCUAUUUUAAAGACUAAAAAGCAUUUAAUUUUAUGGGA